AGUAGUACGAGUUUUAGUGAUAAUGCAUUAAAUCUAAUAGCAGAAGCAUAUCCUAAUUUAAGAUAUCUCAAUUUGUGGGAUACUCAAGCAAUAACUGAUAAAGGUCUAUGUGUAAUUGCACGAUCAUGCCGAAAAUUAGAAUUUCUAGACAUAUCUUAUUGUAAAGAUAUUACCGAUGAAUCUUUGUUUGAAAUCGCAGAAAAUU